GGUGCAAUAUGCUUCUGCGGCGUACAUAUCUGAUUUAACGGAACUGUUUACUUGGACAUGCUCAAGAUGUGAUGACCUGACUCAGGUACUUAGGGGUUUGAAGUUAUAGAACUGGUUGUUGAUGUCCAGCACUGCCUACAGUCGUAUGUCGGAGUAGCAAAGAGUCUUAAUGCUAUCGUUAUUGCUUUUAGAGGAACUCAAGAAAACAGCAUACAGAACUGGAUUGAAGACCUAUACUGGAAGCAGCUUGACCAGAUGUACCCUGGCAUGCCGGAUGCAAUGGUGCACCAUGGGUUUUAUUUUGCUUAUCACAAUACAACAAUACGCCCUGCGAUAGUAAGUGCUGUUGAAAGAGCCAGGAAGUUCUAUGGUAACCUUGACAUCAUGGUGACUGGACAUUCAAUGGGAGGGGCAAUGGCAGCAUUUUGUGGCCUGGAUCUUGCAGUUAGCCACAAUUACCAGAAUGUCCAGGUUAUGACAUUUGGACAGCCUCGUAUUGGCAAUGCAGUCUUUGCAUCUUACUAUAGCAAUAUAGUGCCAAAUACAUUUCGAGUUACAAAUGGAAAUGAUAUCGUCCCCCAUUUGCCUCCAUUUUAUUCUUAUUUUCCUAGAAAGACAUAUCGCCAUUUUCCUAGAGAGGUGUGGCUUUAUGAUGUUGGAUUUGGAAGUUUCAUUUAUCAAGUUGAAAAGGUUUGUGAUGGUUCUGGUGAAGACCCAUCUUGUAGCAGGUCUGUCUCUGGAAAAAGUGUUUCAGAUCAUUUGGUGUACUAUGGGGUUGAGCUAAGUAGUCCAGCAUGGAGAUCAUGUAGAUUUGUGAUGGAUCCUCCUCUGGCGGCAUCGUAUGGAACGACCGAUCUGAAUGGUAACAGAGUUUUCUCUAGGGAUCCUGAAAUUCCUCUUAUCAGAUUGAAGGAACCGUCCUCACUCGGAGGUAAAUCCUGGUAGCGUUCAUUCUAUGACCGAAUACUUUCUUGCCCAUGAUAACCUUAAAGAAGACCGUGGAGGGGUCGCGUGCCAUUUGAGUUAUUUCAAACCUUGUUCGAGAUGCAAUUGCGUAAAGGCUUGAUCAGUGUGGUGGUUCGGCUGGUAAAUAUCCAACCUUGUGAAUAAUUAAGCUGUUUAUUUGUACAUAUGGGAAAAUGUAUAUUAUUGUAAAAAUUGUUACACUGAGAAUUGGUAGUUUCAAAAUAAUGUGGAUAGAAGAAAAUUGCGAUAAGAUGCAACGUCGUAGAACAGCAUGAAUGAAAUAAUCAUGUGUUUGUA